UUGACUAGCUGACCCCGUAAACGUUGUUUUACCACUUAUUGCGAAAUAAAAAAAUCACGAUUAAAAUACAGGGGUUGAUCGUAAAACGAUGAAAAUUUAAAGUUGUAUGUAUUUUUCAAUGCUAAAUUAUAAUAAAAUAAAAAUUAAAAAAAUGUCAAAAAAAUAAAAAUAAUUUUUAAGGGGUGGGUCACCCUUAUCAUUGAGGGGUAUAAAAAAUAGAUGUUGGCCGAUUCUCAGAUCUACCGAAUAUGCACACAAAAUUUCAUGAAAAUCGGUAAAGCCGUUUCGGAGGAGUUUGGUAACAAACACCGUCACACGAGAAUUUUAUAUAUUAGAAGAUUUAUAGACGUUAUUUUUAUUUUAGUGCAACGCAGUCUCCUGUUGAAACAAUUUGAACAAUGGACGACCGCACAGUAGACCUCAUCUUCGCGGGCUGCCUGAAGUCCCUCCCGCCGGUCAGCUCCAAGAUCGUGAGGAUCUUCACCAGUUCUACAUUCACAGAUACAACCAUGGAGAGGAACACGCUGAUGGCAAAAUGCUACCCACGCAUCAAAGAUUACUGCCGGGAAAAACAUGGACUCGAAUUUCAGGUAGUCGACAUGAGAUGGGGUGUUCGAGACGAAGCUACCGACGAUCACAUGACCACAGAGCUUUGCAUGAGGGAGAUUAAAAAUUGCCAGAGACUAUCUAUGGGUCCUAACUUUGUUGUUUUCUUGGGACAAAAGUAUGGUUACAGACCUAUCCCAACCUACGUCCUCUCAUCAGAACUUCAGAUGUUAAGAGACGAGCUCGUCGCUGGCGGUGUGGACGUGAUACUCCUAGAUACUUGGUACAAGAAGGACUCGAACGCCGUACCACCUGUGUCUGUGUUGCAACCUAUAUCGUCUAUUUUAAUCAAUUUUAAUAACAAGAGGGUGCCGAAAUUGCAAGCAGAAGACCAAGCAGUGUGGUGGGACACACUUGGGAAGAUGCAAAAACUCUUCAGAAAAGCCUCGUCUCAGCUCUAUAAUGCUGGCAAAAUUGAUAAAGAUACUAUGCAUAAUUAUUUCAUGUCAGUAACGGAACGCGAAGUUAUAAACGGUAUUCUUAACGUAAAGAACACAAAGAAUCACUGCCUGGCCUAUGUCAGAUAUAUCAACAACAUCAACCUUCAGAAUCUGAAGAAAGCCAGCAACUUUGUGGAUAUCCUAAACAGGAGUCUGGAUACUGAAGCAUGCAAGCUUCUGGCUGACUUGCGAGAUGUGAGGUUACCGGAAAAGAUUGAAACUACAAAUAUACAGAAUUAUACAGUCGAGUGGAUCGGUCGAGACGGCCUUGAUACUGAAACACAUGGCGAAUACCUUAAUCAUUUUAUAUCUCAUUUCUACAAAAAUAUCAUCAAAUUGGUGGACAGAGCAAUGCGAAAGGAGGAUAGCAGUGCCCAGGGUGUAAUAGUAACAGAGAUACUUCAGCAUCUUCAUGCGUGCAAUAAUUCCGUCAAGGUCUUCCACGGAAGGGCCGAAGACUUGAAAUAUAUUGAGAAUUAUAUGAAGAAUACAUCCGAUAAGCCACUUGUUUUAUAUGGAGAAGGUGGUUGCGGUAAGACCAGUCUUCUGUCAAAAAGUGCCGCCAUGUGUCUGGAGAGCUGGUUCGCAGAUGUGCGUCCGACGAACAUCGUGAGGUUUCUGGGAACAACUCCUGACUCCAGUGCAUUGACUCCAACAUUGAUAUCUAUAUGUCAGCAGAUUUCAUACAAUUUCGCCUUGCCCUUUGAGAGUAUACCAGAUGAUUUGGUGCCGCUCACGGCCCAUUUCAAACAGCUCCUCACUUUGGCAACUCCACAGCAGCCACUCCUUCUAUUCUUGGAUUCAGUAGACCAGCUCACUGGGAUCGGAACUGAGAACAAUAAAGUAUCCUGGUUACCAACUCGGCUACCACCUAAUUGCAAGAUAAUAGUUACAUGUGCCCGUGAAGAAGCAAAUCCAGAGGUGUCCAAGGAAUAUGAUGUGCUACGCCGGAUGAUUGAUUCAGAAGAAAAUUUUCUAGAAGUAACGGCAUUGGGAGAAGAUCUAGCUAUGCAGGUUUUGAAGCUGUGGAUGGCAUCGGCAGCUCGGGAUCUGUCUAACUACCAAUGGCGGUUGGUCUCCAACGCCAUCAGUUCUUGCUCCCUGCCCAUCUUUGUAAAAUUAGUAUUUGCUGAGGUAUGCAGAUGGCGUAGUUAUACAAAGCCGCAAGACACCCACCUUGCAUCAACAGUCAUGGACUCUAUAAUGAUGCUCUUUGAAAGAAUUGAAAAACAGCACGGUCGUCUUUUGGUUUUCCACGCAUUGGCUUAUAUAACAGCAGCCCGUAGUGGACUGUCAGAAACUGAACUUGAAGAUUUAAUAUCAUUGGAUGAUAAAGUAUUGGAUGACGUAUAUCAGUACCAUUUGCCACCUGUUAGAAGAAUACCACCUCUUUUAUGGACUAGAAUCCGAAAUGAUCUGCCCAAUUAUUUAUCGGAAAGAGAAGCCGAUGGGGUUUCUGUUAUGAACUGGUACCAUAGGCAGUUCCGGGACACUGCUAGAGAGAGAUACUUUAAAAACAUGAAUAUGGCCAUGUACUUUCAUUCCAUGAUAGCUGAUUAUUACUUGGGUAUCUGGGGAGGUGGAAUACCGAAGCCUUUUAAAUAUACUGAGAUCCAGCGUCAUCGUUUCAAUUUGGCGGACAAAGAAGGCGUAGCAGACAGAAAAGUACCAUUGCAACCUCUAGUGUUCACCUCAGCUGAUGGAUCUACAAAAAGAUAUAAUUUGAGAAAAUUCGGCGAGCUGCCGUUCCAUUUAGUCCGCUCAAAGCGUUUCACGGACCUAUAUGCUGAAGUGCUUUUCAAUUAUGAAUGGUUGCAUGCUAAACUGAACUGCUGUCCAUUGCAAGCGGUGCUCGCUGAUUUCGAGGAUGCAAAGUUACACGUCAACAAAGAUGCUGUGAGAGAACUAAUGCUAGUAGCCGAUGCUUUACGUCUUGGGGGUGCUAUACUCGGUACAUAUCCUGAUAUGCUUGCACCUCAGUUAGUCGGCAGACUGCUACCAGAAGCGCCACACAAUCCGGCAGUCGCUUCUCUGUUGAAACAAUGUCACGAUAAAGGCAAGAAUCACUGCGCUUUAUUACCGUCACAUCAUUGUUUACACACCCCCGGAGGACCUUUGAAGUACUCGCUAGAAGGACACCAGUUCGCAGUUUUUGCAUUUCGGUUGAGCUCUGACAAACGCUACGUGGUGUCCAUUUCGAGUCGAGUGAUAUCCUGGGACCUGUCCACUUCAGAUUUGGCCAGGGACCUAUGUCCACAGUUGGAAGGGAUCAUGCAAAAUUUAGAACUAUCCCCGGAUAAUAAAUGGGCUGCUGCAUCGACUAAUAAUUCUGUGUCAAUGCUGCUCAACAUGCUGACAAGCGAAUACAUUACGAUCGAUAAUCCUCUUGACGAAGGUGAAACAGUCCGCGGGGUCUAUGUGCUGAAUCAUCACAUGUUCAUCUAUGGCCCGCGCUCAUGGGUACAGUAUUCCAUGAGGGGAGAACACGAGCAAACCCAACCAGCUCCAGAUUCUACGCCAUAUGAUGACGUCAACUGGGAGAUUCUCUCAAUGGAAUUUCGGGAUCUGGAGAACUUUGUUCUCGUAAAGUGGAGUGGCGAUCUUGAUGAUGAUAGACUAUUGGUACACUUCUGCAAAGCUGGUGCAUGGAUGAAGCCGCUCCGAUGCAGAGGGGCGAUGGCUUUAAACAAGAAUUGGACGAGAAUCUACACCAGUGACCCAGAAAGGGGAUACCAGAUAACAAUAUUUGAGUUAAACGAAGAAGAGUCUUGCUGGGUGAAAGCUCAAGAGCUCAAUCACAAGGAAACGGAUACGGCCGAGGCGAUGUUGCAGCUAAAAAGAGGAAAAAAGGACCGCAUGUUGCUAGCCACAACUACUUAUAGCUUUGUAGUUUGGGACUUCGAUAACGUGAUAUCGAGGGAAAAACACGAAACAGAGGCCAAAAAGAAAAAGGAAGAAGAAGACGACAAGAAAGAAGAUGAUAUGGAAGAAAAACAAGAUGACGUCCAGGAAAAAGAUCUGCGUUUCGAAGGCAUCGUACUAAAACUGCCUCACACGAUCCGGAAUAUAUCUACCAAAAUGACUUUAUCUAACUCGUUCAUGAUAAGCAAUAACAAUACGUACGCAGUCGCUGGAGUCAGAAAGAAUCUAUACGUUUGGAGUCUGGAGACCACAAAGCUGAUCAAAGUGCUGGAUGCCCAUUUUGGAAGGAUCGUCCAGCUGGAGCCAUUGACUGUUGGCACGUGGAAUAAUGUUAUCACCUCAUCAAUCGACAGAACUGUCAAGAUAUGGAACAUUGAUAAUAUUUUUGAGCAAGUACACAAAAUCGAUCGCCAGGAAUUGCCAAUUGACUCAAUCAGUUUGGCCCGAGACAAGCCCUUAGCAGUUACAGUAACCCGGAGCUGUUGGGGCCUAUGGGAUACCAGUACUGGUAGGCUGUUAGCACAAUUGGCUGACGCACCAUUAGGGGCAAUUGUGACCCAUGCAGUGAUAACACCCACUGGUGAUAACGUUAUCACAGCUGAAUCCGGAAAUGUGGUUAUUUGGGAUACGCCUGAGAAACAGGUGAUAUUCAAAGAAGAACAAAAAGGCGUGAAACAGGUCCUUCUGUUAGAAGACGGCACGAAAUUCAUAACAAUAUCGAUGCAAGUCUCCGCUGAUAAUGUCGAAAAUGUUGCUAUUGCUCAAAUUGUGGCUAGAACAAUACCUGAUGGGGACAAGAUAUACACAGCUGAGUACGAAGUACGAGGUACCGGAUACAGGGCUGCCGUGGUUUCCGCCGACGAGCAUCACAUCGCCGCUCCUGGUGUGGAUAAGUCCUCUAGAGACUGCCUGCACAUAUUCCAUGCUAGAACUGGGGCGAGACUGCACAGAAUACCAAUAAAAAACACCGGAAUCAAAGAUAUGCAGUCAAUUCAGGCGCUGCCCCAUAAACCGCUCUGGGUAGCUGUCGUCGGCAACGAUAAAGCAGGAAUACUGGAUAUCAAGACGAAACGACUUGUUAGAUUUGUACCACGCUGGAAUGGAGCUUGCACCAGAGAUGGGAAAAUAGGUCUCUGCGCACCUUCUAGAGGAGGGCUCGACCUCAUAGAGCUAAAGCGGGGAACUUCGGUCCAGCAGCUGAUAUCGAGAGCGGCUGAAGGCGUUUUCUCCAUAAUAACCAUGUUCAGUUCGACGGAUCAAUAUGUCUUCUAUUAUCACAGUGGAAGGAAGACAUUAAGAGUGUUCAGAACGGUAGAUGGCAGAGCUAUAGCAGAGUACAGAGCACCAGCCGAAGUGACCGGAGUGGCGAGCGCUCACGGCGGCACGGCUCUAGCUAUCGCGUCACAAGAUGGCUGCCUCACUGUAUUGAAUAUUGUCGAUCCUAACGAAUAAGUGGUUUGUCCAAUCCAAUAUAUCGUCAUAGUCGUAGAAUACUGGCGGAUCUUUAUAUGUAAUGUUCGUCAGAUCCGUCAGUAUUCUACGAAUAUGACGAUAUGGUCUGUUUCAAUGUAACUUAUGGGAAAAAAAAUACAAUCAUUUUUUGUUUAAAUUACCACUGAAAUACUCUCUAAUGGGGAUGAGAGAUACAUAUCAUAUUUAUUUACAAUACGCAUAUAUUGAUUUUAUAUGGAAUAAUAUGUAUAUUGCAAUCGUCAUCAUCAUCUCAGCCAAUAUCUGUCCACUGCUGAGCUCAGGUUCUCCAUCGUAAAUUGCCAUAAGGAAGUAACAUAAGGUCCUAAACCACUUGCAUGUACUGUAUCAUGUAUAUUGCAGUGAUAAUUAUAGAUAACCAGAUAUGAAGAAUAUCUAUUUGAAGAACUCGAUAUAUAGAUAUUGCAAACGGUGUCAGCGAUUUUAAAAUUUCUGAAUAAAUUUUGUUGCUGGUCAUAUAUAUUUCAUCAUAAUCUACAUAUCAGCUGUUAACUUUCCACUGCUGAGCAUAGACCUCUUCCUUGAUUGGUUUUGCCAAUAGUUGCCACGUUUGGUAGGCGUGUUGGCAACCGCAGCUAGACUUUGACGAUGUUUUAAGAAGGACGCUGCUGCCCAUUCCUUGAGAACUAAUUUCUCUUAGUUGUUUUUUACGAUAUCCACGGGAAAGAAAGGUGUAGCCCAAUGUAUGUCAGGAUCACACAGAUUUUUUUUUGAUGGGUGAAAAUGGUAUGGUAACCACACCUGCGCUAACGGGAUAACGGCUGGCGGAGCACCAGUGAAGGGUGAUCGAUGAGAAUGAAAAUAGGCCAGUUAGCCCAUCAUGAUGAAUUCAUCAGGAAUUAACCAUGAUAGUUUCCAGGGAGAACCGCGAGGAGGUCGACCUGAUUGAGUAUAUUCUCAGUCUCCACUACUAAAAAUCCCUUUCUCCCCAAUCACACGGAAACUACAUUAUAUAUCUUAUCCAAAUAUUGUAUAUAGUUACGAUAUAUAUUGCAUCCGUAUGGUCCCAGCAUAGAAUGGGCCACUCUAUCCUUCCCCGUAGGUGUCAUAAGAGGCAACUAAGGGAACUUAGUAGUAGAGGGAUGGACCGUUCACAGAACAGAACCGUUCUUCUUAAAAGACAAUCAAAGCCUAUCUACAGUUACUAACCCGCCUGCCAAGCAUGGUAACUACAAGAAAAACCUCCUUAUGGGGAAGGCUUAUGUCCAACAGUGAACAGUAAUGGCUGAAAUAAUAACAAUAAUAACUCAUAGUUAACCUAAAUGUACGCAUUAAUUCCUAUCUUUUAUAAAACAAGAUUGUCUAUGGUCGAGUCAAAUAUGUUUGUUUGUAUUUUUAUUAAGUUCAAUUGAAACAGACUAAUAGUAUCAGUGAUAUUUGUAGUAACUUUGCUGUUAGAAGCGGUAGUUAGCUUGUUGUCAUAAAGCUUUUUUAACUAUUUCAAAAUUUAUACAUUUUAGCCACAAUUGUCAAUUUUAUUACUUCUUCUUUUCUUUAAUGGCAAUCAGUCGUUAUUUUUACGACCGUUUCUGCCAGCAUCAUGUAUAAGAGGCACGUACUAGAGAUAGAAAUUGUAUCUAAACCUCUGGUCUAAUUUUGGACUUUUUGAUAAAAAACUGAAAAAACAUCACUAUUGUUUGCGCCACAACUAGUUUAAAUGCACAUCUCGUGUAAUAGACAAGGACAGACAUACUUCACAAUCUAGGGCCGAAAGGAGCCGAGUACACCCGCGCUGCUGCUGGGAAAAAAGAUGGCGGCUCUGUUCGUUUUUCACGCUCGAGUCUGAGAAACGCCGCUCGCACAUAAUUACGUGUAAUAAUAAUUAAUUCAUUAAAGCUUAAUAUAAACUAUCAAAUUAUCAAGCUGUAUGUCGGUGGUGUGAUAGUGAAGGUGUAUAUACACUAAUUCCGCCGCGCGUGUGGUGUGGUGACCCGCAAAUCGGUUCCUGCAGCAGCCGCCAUAGCAGAAUCCAGGUACGCUCGUAACUCCUUACUUUGCCCGAAUCGUGAUCCUGUGAUGACAGUCUAGUCGAAGGAAACUAUCUCUCGGGAUAUAAAUCCCAAGGGAACCGCUUUAACAACUAUCAUGAACCCCUACUGGAUUAGUGAUAAAUAUCAAUACAAAAAUCCUAAAUAUAUAUUUCGUAUAAAUAUAUAAAAUAAAUACAUAUAAUAGAUUUUAUAGUUUGAUAUUAUUGCUUUUGAUAAAAUUUCCUAUAAUCCAUAAAAUAUUGGUGUUUUCAGAGAAAAAAAUAUUUAAAUUUACUCAUUAGUCAUUUAUUCAAAAAACCAUGUACAUUGAGUUUAAAAUUAAUUAUGUUCAUACAAAAAAAAAUGUCAACUUUAUCCGUAAUAUAUUAUAAAAGAUUACUUAAGUUAAUAAGUUGGGCUAUUUUUUCUUUGGCAAGUUGUAGGUUUAAACUAUUUCCAACCUCAUUAGUCUUAUUGAUAAUAAAUUAAUUGCCAUAGCAUAAUGCUGAGUGUUGCCCACAUUGGCAAAUAAUUCGUCAUAGUCGUAGAAUA